GCAGUCGGAGGGAGAACACCAGGCGCGGCGCGGGCGGCUCCGGCUCCGACUCCGGCCCCGGCCCGGGAGAGGCGAUGGCGAGCCGCGAUAGCAACCACGCUGGCGAGAGCUUUCUCGGCUCCGACGGGGACGAGGAGGCGACCCGGGAGCUGGAGACAGAGGAGGAGUCGGAGGGCGAGGAGGACGAGACGGCGGCGGAGUCGGAGGAGGAGCCGGACGCCAGGUUAUCAGACCAGGAUGAAGAGAGAAAGAUCAAGCAGGAGUGUAUCAUAUCUGACCCCUCAUUUUCCAUGGUGACAGUCCAAAGAGAAGAUAGUGGGAUAACCUGGGAAACCAAUUCAAGUAGAUCUACUCCUUGGGCUUCAGAAGAAAGUCAGACUUCUGGUGUGUGUAGUCGGGAAGGGUCAACUGUGAAUUCUCCUCCUGGAAAUGUUUCCUUUAUUGUGGAUGAAGUGAAAAAGGUUCGGAAAAGGACUCAUAAGUCAAAGCAUGGUUCACCAUCAUUACGCCGGAAAGGCAACAAAAAAAGAAAUUCAUUUGAAUCCCAAGAUGUUCCAACAAACAAAAAAGGCAGUCUUUUAACUUCAGCAAGCCAGAUACUAACCACGGAGAAAGAGAAGUCAUAUACUGGUGUUUAUGAUAAAGCAAGAAAAAAGAAGACCCCUUCAAAUACACCUCCGAUCACUGGGGCAAUAUACAAAGAACACAAGCCAUUAGUGUUAAGACCAGUCUACAUAGGAACAGUACAAUAUAAAAUUAAGAUGUUUAAUUCAGUUAAAGAAGAAUUAAUUCCUCUACAAUUUUAUGGAACAUUACCAAAGGGUUAUGUAAUUAAAGAAAUACAUUAUAGGAAAGGGAAAGAUGCAUCCAUUAGUCUAGAGCCAGAUUUGGACAAUAGUGAUUCUAAUACAGUGUCCAAAACAAGCCAAUUAGUAGCCCAAAGCAUAGAGGAUAAAGUGAAAGAGGUUGCUCCACCCUGGAGAGGCUCAAUCUCCAAAGGAUCAGAAUCCCUAACCUCAAUGUUCAGUCACGAAGAUCAAAAGAAAAUUUGUGCUGAUUCUCCCCUAAAUGCCACAUCUGCAUUGGAGCACACAGUUCCCUCUUAUUCAAGUAGUGACAGAGCAGAACAAGGAAUACAGCUCAGGCAUUCACAGUCAGUGCCACAACAGCCAGAAGAUGAAGCAAAACCACAUGAAGUGGAGCCUCCGUCUGUGACACCCGGCACACCUGCAACUGUGUUCCUGAGAACAGCAAAGGAAGAAUGUGAGCUUGCUUCACCAGGAACUGCAGCUUCAGAGAAUGACUCUUCAGUCUCACCAUCAUUUACUAAUGAGGUAAAGAAGGAAGACGUGUGUUCUGCUCACCAUUCCAUUUCUCUGGAGGCAGCGUUACCAGAUCUGGCAGCAUCUACCCAGGAUGGUUUGGACCCAGAUCAAGAACAGCCAGACCUGACUUCACUAGAAAGGGCAGAACCAGUCUCUGCAAAACUGACCCCUACCCAUCCCAGUGUCAAAGGAGAGAAGGAAGAAAACGUGCUUGAGCCAUCCAUUUCUCUUUCUGAACCUCUAAUGUUAGAAGAACCAGAGAAAGAAGAAAUAGACACUUCCCUACCUGUAGCUGCUACCCCUAAACCUGAAGAUUCUAAUUUAGUAGAAGAAGAGAUCAUAGAACUUGAUUACCCAGAAAGCCCAUUAGUUUCCGAGAAGCCCUUCCCACCACAUAUGUCCCCUGAAGUGGAGCACGAAGAAGAGGCGCUUAUUCUACCAUUAUUGGCAACAUCAACUCCUGAAAAUGCUGCUUUGUCUGAGGAAGAAAGAGAGGAAAUUGCAUCUGUUUCUACUGAUUCUGCUUUCGUAUCAGAGUAUUCAGUACCACAGGAUUUGAACCAUGAACUAGAGAAGCGAGAAAGUGAGCCAGUUUCUCCAUCCAAUGUAGAAGCUAUAGCCGAACAUGCAGUUUUGUCAGAAGAAGAGAAUGAGGAAUUUGAGGCUUAUUCCCCAGCUGCAGCCUCUGCGUCUGAGCGCUCGCUCUCACCAUCCACAACUGAGAUGACUUUGGAGAGUCAGUCUCCGCUGUUUUCAACAGUUACACCAGAACACAUGGUCCUAUCAGGAGAUGAGGCCUCAGAAAGUGGGCGUUAUACACCAGACUCCACAUCUGCUUCUGAAUAUUCAGUUCUAUCACAGGCAACAAAAGAGUCACUGAAGAAAGUAAUUGACCAUAAGUCCCCGUUAAUAUCGAAAGGUGUUUCUGAGCACAUGAUUCCAUCAGAAGAGAAGGAAGACACUGGAUCGUUUACUCCAGCUGUGACCUCUGCUGCUGAGCCCUCUCUCUCACCAUCCACAACUGAGAAGACUUCUGAAUGCCAGUCACCACUACCUUCUACUGCCACAUCAGAACACGUGGUCCCAUCAGAAGGAGAGGACCUAGGAAGUGAAUGUUUCACACCAGAUUCAAAGUUGAUCUCCAAAUAUGCAGCCCCACUCAAUGCAACACAGGAACCUCAAAAGAAAAUAAUUGAUGAGGCAUCCCAAUUCAAACUGAAAGGUAUUUCUGAGCACACGGUUCUGUCAGUAGAAGGGAAGGAGGACAUUGGACCAGCUUCCCCAGAUUCGGUCAUUGCAUCUGAAUACACAGUUCUGUCAGUAGAAGGGAAGGAGGACAUUGGACCAUCUUCCCCAGAUUCGGUCAUUGCAUCUGAACACUCUUUCCCACCACACACAACCGAGAUGACUUCUGAAUGCCAGGCCCCACCACUUUCAGCCACCCCAUCUGAAUAUGUGGUUCUAUCAGAUGAAGAGACAGUCGAGUUGGAGCGGUACACACCCUCUUCCACGUCUGCUUCUGAAUUUUCAGUACCACCAUAUGCAACACCGGAGGCACAGGAGGAAGAAAUUGUCCACAGAUCUCUAAAUCUAAAAGGUGCAUCCUCACCCACGAAUUUAUCAGAGGAAGAUCAAGAAGACAUUGGACCUUUUUCUCCAGAUUCUGCAUUUGCGUCAGAAUUCUCAUUUCCACCGUAUGCAACCCAGGAAGCAGAGAAAAGAGAAUUUGAGUGCGAUUCUCCAAUAUGUUUAACAUCGCCAUCUGAGCACACUAUUUUGUCAGAUGAAGACACUGAAGAAGCGGAACUGUUCUCUCCAGACUCAGCGUCACAAGUUUCAAUCCCUCCAUUCAGAAUCUCAGAAACAGAGAAAAAUGAACUUGAGCCUGAUUCACUAUUAACUGCAGUGUCUGCUUCAGGGUAUUCCUGCUUUUCAGAAGUAGAUGAGGAAGACAUUGGAUCUACAGCUGCUACACCUGUAUCUGAGCAGUUCAGUUCAUCACAGAAGCAAAAAUCUGAAACUUUCCCUUUGAUAUCUCCACUUGAAGACUUGAGUCUGCCGCCUUCAACAGAUAAAUCAGAGAAAGCAGAAAUUAAGCCAGAUAUUCCAACAACCUCAACAUCUGUAUCUGAAUAUCUAAUUUUGGCACAGAAGCAGAAAACUCAAGCAUAUUUAGAGCCUGAGUCUGAAGACUUGAUUCCUCCACAUUUAACCAGUGAAGUGAAGAAGGGAGAAAGGGAGGCAAGUUCAUCAGUAACUGCAAUACCUGCUUCUUUACUUGCACAAUCAUCUAUAGUAAAGGAAGAAACCAAACCUGCAUCUCCACAUUCGGUUUUACCUGAUUCAGUCCCUGCAAUCAAGAAAGAACAGGAACCCACAGCAGCACUCACUCUAAAAGCUGCAGAUGAACAGAUGGCUUUGUCAAAAGUCGGAAAGGAAGAAAUUGUGGCUGAUUCUCAAGAAGCUACAGCACAUGUAUCACAGGAUCAAAAAAUGGAGCCUCAGCCUCCAAAUAUUCCAGGGUUUGAGAUGAAAUAUUCAGUUUUGCCUGAUGUGGUAGGUGAGCCAAAGAAGGGUGUCAAGCCCAAAUUAGUUCUAAAUGUGACUUCUGAACUAGAACAGAGAAAGUUGUCUGAGAAAGAGCCUGAAGUAAUAAAACCGUGUUCACCUCUAAAGGAAACAUCUUUAUCUGGACCUGAGGUUUUAUCAGCAGCAAAAAUGGAGAUGAAACAUGAUUCUAAAAUAACAACUACACCUACAGUGCUUCAUUCAGCUUCCUCAGGAGUGGAAAAGCAAGUUGAACAUGGUCCACAUGCACUAGCAUUUUCAGCUUUGUCAGAAGAAAUUAAAAAAGAAAUGGAACCCAGUUCCUCAACAACCACAGCAUCUGUAACUAAGCUUGAUUCAAACUUAACCAAAGUAGUAAAAGAAGAAAUCUCAACAGAUUCAUCUCUUGUCACUCCUGUAGGUCAUCCAGUCUUAACAAAAGUAGGAAAGGGUGAAUUAGGAAGUGGUUUGCCACCACUGGUAACAUCUACAGAUGAGCAUUCAGUUCUUGCAGAAGAAGACAAGGUGGCAAUUAAAGGUGCUUCUCCCAAUGAAACUUCAUCCAAACAUUUAGCUUGGUCAGAAGCAGAGAAGGAAAUUAAAUUUGAUUCACCUCCAAGUGUCUCCUCUAUAGCAGAGCAUUCUGUUUUGUCAGAAGUUGAAGCCAAAGAAGUUAAAGCUGGGUUGCCAGUAAUCAAAACAUCAUCUUCUCAAUAUUCAGACGAAUCUGAGGAAGCAAGGGUAGAAGAUAAACAAGGUCUUUCAUGUUCUACAGUUCGCGACUCUGAGCAUUUGGUUUCAUCAGAGAAAAAGAGCUUGGUGUCUACCUCAGAGGUGUUAGGGCCUGAACAUGAGCUUUCACUCAGCCUAUGGGGUGAGAUAAAGAAGGAAGAAACUGAACUUCCUUCAUCACAAAAUGUGUCACCUGCAUCCAAACAUAUAAUUCCAAAAGGCAAAGAUGAGGAAAUAGCAAGUUCAUCUCCUGAGUUGGAAAAUUCAGCAUCAGGUUUAGCUCCAACAUUACUGCUCCUCAGUGAUGAUAAGAACAAACAGGCAGUGGAGGUAUCUUCUACAGACCAGGGAGACUUCCCAUCAGAAAAACAAGACAUUGCUUUGGCAGAGCUGUCUUUGGAACCUGAGAAGAAAAACAAGCCACACCAACUGUUGGAAUUACCAAAUGCUGGGUCAGAAUUUGCUAGUGGUUUAGGUAGACAAAGUGGAUCCAUCGGUACAAAACAAGCAAAGUCUCCCGUAACUGAAACAGGGGAUUCUGUUUUAGAAAAAGGCCCAGCUGAGCUUAGGAGCAGAGAAGGAAAAGAAGAAAAUAGAGAACUUUAUGCAUCUGCUACAAUGCCUACAACUUCAGAGCUUUCAUCAUUGCUUAGGGAGGAAUCUCAGAAUGAAGAAAUUAAACCUUUCUCUCCCAAGAUCGUCAGCCUAGAGUUGAAAGAACCACCUGCUUCUGUAGCUGAAGGAGACAACCCAGAAGAAUUUCAGCCAUUUACUUUUUCUUUAAAAGGAUUAUCAGAGGAGGUUAGCCAUCCAGCCGACUUUAAAAAGGGAGGAAAUCAAGAAAUAGGCCCAUUACCACCAACUGGAAAUUUGAAGGCACAAGUCAUGGGAGAUAUUGUAGCUAAGCUAAGUGAAGAAACAGGCCACCCAGAUUCAUCUCAGCUACUCCAGAGUGUAACAGAACCAUCAAAGAUUGCUCUUUCUGACCUUGUGGAACAAAAGACAGAAAAAGCACUUCAUUCAGAUCAAACUAUUAAAUUGCCUGAUGUAAGCACCUCUUUUGCAGAUAAACAAGAUCUGGAUAUUAAGCAGUUUUCAUUUAUGAAAGAGAAUUUGCCUUUGGAACAAUCAAAAUCAUUUAUGACAACCAAGCCUGCAGAUGUCAAAGAAACAAAAAUGGAAGAAUUCUUUAUUUCUCCAAAGGAUGAAAACUGGAUGUUGGGAAAGCCAGAAAAUGUGGCUAGUCAACACGAAGAGAGAAUAGCAGGAUCUGUGCAGCUGGAUUCCUCUGGCAGCAAUGAGCUGAGGCCAGAGCAGCUCAAGGCUGCUGUGUCCAGUAUGGACCAUAUAUAUGAAGUGAGAAAGCAGGUCUUGCCUCAUUCUGCUGAAGAAUCUCAUUUGUCAUCACAAGAAGCAGUAUCUGCUCUUGAUACUUCCAGUGGUAAUGUAGAGACCUUAUCAUGUAAAAGUUACUCUUCUGAAGAACUAAAGCUGGCUGAAGAACCAAAGUCUUUUGUCCUCGCUGGAAAUGUAGAGAGAAAUAUAGCAGAGAAGAAGGAGAGUCAUUCUUUGAUGGAGAGUGAAAGUUUGCUAUUGGAGAAAGCAAACACAGAGUUUUCCUGGCCUUCCAAAGAAGAUAGCCAGGAAAAAAUUAAACUACCUCCUGAAAGAUUCCUCCAGAAACCAGUGUCUGGCCUAUCAGUGGAACAGGUGAAGUCAGAAACAAUCCCCUCUUCUGUCAAAACAACCCAUUUCCUGGCAGAAGGUGUGGAACCGGCACUGGGCAAUGAAAAAGAAGCACACAGGAGCACACCUCCUUUUUCUGGAGAGAAGCCACUGGAAGAAUCAAAAAUGGUUCAGUUGAAGGUUAUUGAUGAUGCUGAUGAGGAAAAGAAACCAGCACCUGAAGUGAAAAUACCCACACAAAGAAAACCCAUCUCCUCACUCCACUCAAAAGAACCUCAAUCCCCAGAGUCACCUGAGGUGACAGAAAAGCCACCUACACAGCCAAAAGUGGCUAAGCCAGACCUUCCUCAGGAAAAGGGAAAGAAAGGAAUUUCAUCUUUCAAAUCAUGGAUGUCCAGCUUGUUUUUUGGAUCAAGCACUCCAGAUAGGAAAGUUGCUGAACAAGAAGACUUAGAAACACUGCCAAGCCCAUCUGUAGAAAAAGCAGUGACUGUGAUAGAACCUGAAGGUACAAUUCCCACCAAUUUUAAUGUAGCUGAGAAACAAGCUGAUCAUUCAUUAUCAGAGGUAAAACUCAAAACUGCUGACGAAUCCCGAGGUACUUUAGUAAAAUCUGGUGAAGGUCAAAACGUUAAAGAAAAAUCCAUAAUUUUGUCAAAUGUAGAAGAUUUACAACAGCCAAAAUCCAUUUCUGAGGUGUCUAGGGAAGAUUAUGGAAAAAAAGAAAUCUCAGACAAUUCAGAGGAAGUGAACAUAAACUCAGUAGUUACUUCUGCUGAUGGUGAGAAACAUCUUGAAAUUCAACCUUAUUCACUAAUCGGUGAGAAACUGAUUAUGGAAGAAGCCAAAACUAUUGUUCCUCUUCAUGUUACUGAUAAUAAAAGAGUCCAGAAGCCAGCAAUUGCUCCUCCAUCUAAAUGGAAUAUUUCUAUUUUUAAGGAAGAGCCAAGAAGUGAUCAAAAAGAAAAAUCACUCCUUUCAUUUGAUGUAGUAGAUAAGGUGCCACAACAGCCAAAAUCGGCUUCCUCCAACUUUGCAAGUAAAAAUAUCACAAAGGAAUCAGAGAAAUCAGAGUCAAUUAUUUUGCCAGUAGAAGAAUCAAAAGGCAGUUUAGUUGAUCUCAGUGAAGACAGACUAAAGAAAGAAAUGCAAAAUCCUACUUCCUUGAAAAUUUCUGAAGAAGAAACAAAACUCAGGUCUGUUAGUCCAACUGAGACGAAAGAUAAUUUGGAAAACAGAUCAUAUACCUUGGCAGAAAAGAAGGUGCUGGCAGAAAAACAAGACUCCGUGGCCCCAUUAGAGCUUAGAGAUAGUAAUGAAAUAGGGAAGACACAAAUUACACAUGGAUCUAGAUCUACUGAACUGGAAGAAUCAAAAGCCAAUGCUAUGCCACAGCACUUCUAUCAAAAUGAAGACUACAGUGAAAGACCCAAAAUCAUUGUUGGUUCUGAAAAGGAGAAAGGUGAAGAAAAAGAAAAUCAGGUAUAUGUGCUUUCGGAAGAAAAGAAGAAGCAGGAACAUCAGCCUUAUUCUGUGAAUGUAGCCGAGUCUAUGAUUAAAGAAUCAAAUAUCUCUUUAGGUCAUUCUUUGGGUGAAACUCAAUCAUUUUCAUUAGUUAAAGCUACAUCAGUUACUGAAAAAUCAGAUGCCGUGCUCUCAGACGCUCACCCAGAAAUCAGAGAAGCAAAGGCAGUAGCAACCCAACCACAUCCUUUAGAAGAAAGUAAAGUUUUGGUGGAGAAAACCAAGACUUUCCUGCCGGCGGCUCUUCCUUGUCGUGAUGAAAUAGAGAACCACUCUUUAUCUCAGGAAGGAAAUCUAGUAUUAGAAAAGUCAAGCAGAGAUAUGCCAGAUCACAGGGAAGAAAAAGAACAGUUCAGAGAGUCAGAGCUAUUGAAAGGUGGUUCAGUAGCUAUCACAAAAGAAAGUAUGAAACAAGGAUUUCCAACUAAAGAAUCCGAAAGAACUUUAGCUUAUCCUUUUGAUGAAACUAAGAGCUCAGAAACACCACCAUAUUUGCUGUCAUCUGUAAAACCACAAACUCUAGUUUCAGGAGCUUCUCCAGAAAUUAAUGCAAUGAAGAAACAAGAAAUGCCACAAUCAGAAUUGACUCCAGAAAGGCAUACAGUUCAUACUAUUCAGACAUCUAAAGAUGACACAUUCGAUGUGCCUAAACAAUCUGUUCUUGUUUCAAAGCACCACUUGGAGGCUGUGGAAGAUACCCAUGUAAAGGAACCACUGUCUUCAGCAAAAAGCAACUAUGCUCAAUUUAUAUAUAGUGCAUCAGCAAGCAAUGCUGAUAAAAUGGUUUCUAAUAAAGAAAUGUCCAAAGAGCCUGAAGACACAUAUGCAAAAGAUGAAGACUUUACAGUGACUAGUAAGCCAGCUGGACUUUCAGAAGAUCAGAAGACUGCCUUUAGUAUCAUUUCUGAAGGCUGUGAGAUAUUGAAUAUUCAUGCCCCUGCCUUUAUUUCUUCAAUCGAUCAGGAAGAAAGUGAACAAAUGCAAGAUAAGUUAGAAUAUUUGGAAGAGAAAGCCUCAUUUAAAACAGUACCACUCCGUGAUGAUAGUGAAACAGUUGCUUGUCACAAAACAUUAAAGAGCAGGUUAGAAGAUUCUGAUGAAAAAGUUACAUCAUUGAAAGAAAGUAAACAAAAGGAAACUCGUCAUACAGAAGAAAAGACAUCCACAGAUUCAGAAACUGAUUUAUCUUUUAUUCAGUCCACAAUUCCCAGUGAAGAGGAUUAUUUUGAAAAAUAUACUUUGAUUGAUUAUAACAUCUCCCCAGACCCAGAAAAACAGAAAGCUCCACAGAAAUUAAAUGUUGAAGACAAACUCUCAGAGGAAGUUACGGAAGAAGCGACCUCUUUCCCAGGAAGUUCAGUGGAAAGUGCACUAGAACAUGAAUAUGACUUGGUGAAAUUAGAUGAAAGUUUUUAUGGACCGGAAAAGGACCACGAUAUAUUAUCUCAUCCGGAGACCCAAAAGUCUUUGGGUAUCCAAAAAUCAGCUGACAGAAAUGUUUCAAAGGACGUAAAGAGAGAUGUGGACUCAAAGUCACUUGGGAUGCCUUUAUUUGAAGCAGAGGAAGGAGUUUUGUCACGAACCCAGAUAUUUCCUACCACUAUUAAAGCCAUUAAUCCAGAACUUCUGGAGGAGCCACCUGCACUUGCAUUUUUAUAUAAGGAUCUGUAUGAAGAAGCAGUUGGAGAGAAAAAUAAGGAAGAGGAGACAGCUUCUGAAGGUGACAGUGUGAAUUCUGAGGCAUCAUUUCCCAGCAGAAAUUCUGACACUGAUGAUGGAACAGGAAUAUAUUUUGAGAAGUACAUACUCAAAGAUGACAUUCUCCAUGACACAUCUCUAACUCAAAAGGACCAGGGCCAAGGUCUGGAAGAAAAACGAGUUGGUAGGGAUGAUUCAUACCAACCGAUAGCUGCAGAAGGGGAAAUUUGGGGAAAGUUUGGAACUAUUUGCAGGGAGAAGAGUCUGGAAGAACAGAAAGGUGUUUAUGGGGAAGGAGAAUCAGUAGGCCAUGUGGAGACUCUUGGUAAUAUAGCAAUGCAGAAGAAAGCUCCCAUCAGAGAGGACAUCAGAGUGGCUACCCAAAAAAUAAGUUAUGCAGUUCCAUUUGAAGACACCCAUCAUGUUCUGGAGCAUGCAGAUGAAGCAGGCAGUCAGGGUAAUGAAGUCGAAAAUGCAAGUCCAGAUGUCAAUCUGAAUGUCCCAGUACAAGUGUCCUUCCCGGAGGAAGAAUUUGCAUCUGGUGCAACUCAUGUUCAAGAAACACCACUAGAAGAACCUAAAAUCCUGGUCCCACCUGAGCCAAGUGAAGAGAGGCUCCGUAAUAGCCCUGUUCAGGAUGAGUAUGAAUUUGCAGAAUCCUUGCAUUAUGAAGUGCUUCCUCAAGACAUUUUAUCAGAAGAACUGUCUUCAGAAUCCAGACCUGAAGAUGUCUUAUCUCAAGGAAAGGAAUCCUUUGAGCACAUCAGUGAAAAUGAAUUUGUGAGUGAGACAGAGCAAAGUACAUCUGCUGAACAGAAAGAGUUGGGCAGCGAGUGGAAAGAAGAAAACCAAUUAUCAUCUGAGUUAGUAACUGAAAAGGCACAAAAAGAGCUGAAAAAGUCCCAGAUUGACACAUACUGUUACACCUGCAAAUGUCCAAUUUCUGCCACUGACAAGGUGUUUGGCACCCACAAAGACCAUGAGGUUUCAACGCUUGACACAGCUAUAAGUGCUGUAAAGGUUCAAUUAGCAGAAUUUCUAGAAAAUUUACAAGAAAAAUCCUUGAGGAUUGAAGCCUUUGUUAGUGAGAUAGAAUCCUUUUUUAAUACCAUUGAGGAAAACUGUAGUAAAAAUGAGAAAAGGCUAGAAGAACAGAAUGAGGAAAUGAUGAAGAAGGUUUUAGCACAGUAUGAUGAGAAAGCCCAGAGCUUUGAGGAAGUGAAGAAGAAGAAGAUGGAGUUCCUGCAUGAGCAGAUGGUCCACUUUCUGCAGAGCAUGGACACUGCCAAGGACACCCUGGAGACCAUCGUGAGAGAAGCAGAGGAGCUUGACGAGGCUGUCUUCCUGACUUCGUUUGAGGAAAUCAAUGAAAGGUUGCUUUCUGCAAUGGAGAGCACUGCUUCUUUAGAGAAAAUGCCUGCUGCGUUUUCCCUUUUUGAACAUUAUGAUGACAGCUCGGCAAGAAGUGACCAGAUGUUAAAACAAGUGGCUGUUCCUCAGCCUCCUAGAUUAGAACCUCAGGAACCAAAUUCUGCCACCAGCACAACGAUUGCAGUUUAUUGGAGCAUGAACAAGGAUGAUGUCAUUGAUUCAUUUCAGGUUUACUGCAUGGAGGAGCCACAAGAUGACCAAGAAGUAAAUGAGUUGGUAGAAGAAUACAGACUGACAGUGAAAGAAAGCUACUGCAUUUUUGAAGAUCUGGAACCUGACCGAUGCUAUCAAGUGUGGGUGAUGGCUGUGAACUUCACUGGAUGUAGCCUGCCCAGUGAAAGGGCAAUCUUUAGGACAGCACCCUCCACCCCUGUGAUCCGCGCUGAGGACUGUACCGUGUGUUGGAACACAGCGACUAUCCGAUGGCGGCCCACCACCCCAGAGGCCACGGAGACCUACACUCUGGAGUACUGCAGACAGCACUCUUCUGAGGGCGAGGGCCUCAGAUCUUUCUCUGGAAUCAAAGGACUCCAGCUGAAAGUUAACCUCCAACCCAAUGAUAACUACUUUUUCUAUGUGCGAGCCAUCAAUGCGUUUGGGACAAGUGAACAGAGUGAAGCUGCUCUCAUCUCCACCAGAGGAACCAGAUUUCUCUUGUUGAGAGAAACAGCUCAUCCUGCUCUACACAUUUCCUCAAGUGGGACAGUGAUCAGCUUUGCUGAGAGGAGACGGCUGACAGAAAUCCCGUCAGUGCUGGGUGAGGAGCUGCCUUCCUGUGGCCAGCAUUACUGGGAAACCACAGUCACAGACUGCCCAGCAUAUCGACUUGGCAUCUGCUCCAGCUCGGCCAUGCGGGCAGGUGCCCUGGGACAAGGGGAGACCUCAUGGUACAUGCACUGCUCUGAGCCACAGAGAUACACAUUUUUCUACAGUGGUAUCGUGAGUGAUGUUCACGUGACCGAGCGUCCAGCCAGAGUGGGCAUCCUGCUGGACUACAGCAACCAGAGACUUAUCUUCAUCAACGCGGAGAGCGGCCAGUUGCUCUUCCUCAUCAGGCACAGGUUUAAUGAGGGUGUCCACCCUGCCUUUGCCCUGGAGAAACCUGGAAAAUGUACUUUGCACCUGGGGAUAGAGCCCCCAGAUUCUGUAAGGCACAAGUGAUCCUUGGCUUUCAGGAUUUACAAGAGCAGUGAUUUAAAUUUGGGGGUGGGGGGUCUGCUGUUCAUUCCUUUGGGUGCUAUACAUUAUUCAAAAAGCCUCCCACACAUUUGCACUAAUGAUGGCUGCACGCGUAGCAAUCAGCACGUGAGCAAAAUCCACAAGAAAACCUUGACUUUACAGAGCAGUGUGUGAGUAAACAGAAUGGAAACAACAACCUCCACUCCUUAGUUUAUAUAAGUUUCAGUUCUUUCCUAAAUUAAAAGGUCUGCACUUGAGUUGGGAACCAAAAAAGAGAAGUGGACUUGCAUCUGUUUUACUGGUAAAGGAAGUUCUCUGAUGGACGGGUCAGAGUGAAGGAAGGUUGUGCUGGUAAGACAUCUCCUCUGACGAAGACACAUGGACGCCUUCCACAAAAUGUCGCCUCGCUGCGCUAAAGGAUGAUAAUCCUAAUCAUUAGAGAAAGUGUUUUAGCUGAUUUAAAUGUAUAAUGAACUCUUUUGUAAUAAUGUAUACUGUAGAACAUGAGUCUCUCCUCCCUAAAAUUUUAAAUGUAGAAAAGUGUAUUAGAAAUUUCCAUUUGUUAAAUAAAUGGUUAGAGUCUAUAAAACCAA